AUGGCUACAUCUGCAGUUUCACAAUAUCAGACAGAGAGUGCUGGAAUUGAAGUGGUGUUCGCCAAUGCUCUCAAAGGGUUUCAAUUGAGUACCGAAAAGAAUCCAUUUGAUAUCAUAACUGGAUUCAAAAUAGCUUGUGCUGAAAGAGCUUUGGAUAUAGGAGCUAAUUUAGAAGGUGAUACCAUUUCGGAGACUUUUGCCAAUUGGGAUUUGGAAACUAAAUUAUGGAAUUUAGUCGAAUUAUUAUAUUCCUUUCGAUUAGAUGAUCAAUUUGAACCAGUUAAAGAAUAUGAAUUCUCAUCAUUAGGAACUAAACAAGAAAACUUCUUAAGAAAGAAUCCCAAAAUAAGAGAAUUAUCAAUCAUAAUAGAUUGGUUACAAAUCAAUUCACGUGCUACUGAUUCAAGUGAUAUAGAAGAAUAUCAAUUAAAAUGGAAAAAUACCAGAUUAGCGGUGGUUAAUAAAGAUUAUGAUAUAUUAGUUAAUAGCAAGAAUUUAAAUGCUGAUCAAUUCGUGGACAGUUUAGAUGUUGAUGCUCCUUUAAGAUCAAAUAAAUCAAUCCAUCCAACUGACGAUUCCACUGAUUCCAAAAAUUUCUUAAUCAUAUAUAAACUUCUAAUCUCAAAUAAUAUCGAAGAAGCUAUAGAAGUGGCCAAUAAAACUGGUAAUUAUGCAUUAUCCUUGAUCUUAUUAGGUGCAAUUCAAGAUUAUUAUGAUCCUAUAAUAGAUAAACAAGAUGAUACCGAAGAAGUAGCUCCUAAGGCUUCUGGUAUAAAACAUAAAUUAUUAUGGAAAAAGACAGUUUAUAAAUUAUCUCAAUAUAGUCAUUUAAACAAAUAUGAAAAGUUGAUUUAUAAUUACUUAAGUGGAGGAGAUAUCUCGCAUAACUUAAAACAAUCAGAUGAUAGUUGGGAAGAAUCCUUAUUAUUAUACUUGUCCCAACUUUUCUCAUAUAAUGUCGAAAAAUUUGUCGAAUCAGCUUUAAAAUCAGAUAAUGAAUCCUUAGCCAUCAAUAUUCCAAAACCACAAUUAUCAUCCAUAGACGAAAUCUUAAAUGCAUUACUGAAAUCAAGCAACACAGUCUCCGAACAAAGCCGACACCCAUUAAGAGUGAUUGCGGGAAGUAUAAUGAUUAAUCAAGUUUCAUCCUUACUUCAUAAUUUAAUCAAUUCCCAUGCCCAGAAUGAAAUCGCAUUAAGACAACCAUACUUAACGCGUGUUAUAACCCAUUUAUCUAUAUUCCAUUCAAUAAUUGGUGGUAAUGAUCCUAUAAUUACUCAAGACAUCACCACUAUAAUAACAUUAUAUGUAUCUCAACUUGCUGAUUUGAAAUUAACUGAAUUGAUUCCUAUUUAUUUAUCUUUUAUACCUGAUGAAAAGGAUGCAAGAGAAACUUAUUCAUUAUUCUUAUCCACCAUUACUGAUUAUGAUGAACGUUCCAAACAAAUGGAAAUCUCGAAAAAAAUCAACUCUCAACAAUUCCCAAUAGAAGAAAGUUCAAGUGAUUUAAUGCUUAUUGAAAAUAUUGACAAUGGCGAUGGAACAAAUAUCAACUCUGAAGAUAAGUUAGUCAAUGUAUUGAAGAGGACAGUUGAAAGAGUGAUGGCUGAAACUGAACAAUAUUAUACCGAUUUGAAAUCAUCCAAUACGAUUGAAGUUCAAGAAUCUUCUGAUCAAGUUGAUGAAACUGAUUUCAAAUUAUAUCGUUCGGUGGAGUACUUUUAUGAGAAUAACAUGCAUGAAGAUGCCAUCACUGCUUCUAUAAUCAUCAUACGGAGAUUCUUAUUAUGUGGGAAAUUAUCCACGUUGAAGAAGUUUGCCGAGGGGAAGAGCUUUAAAGCAUUAGUUAAUGAUUAUGAUCUUCAAUUACAAACCAGAAAACUUGCCAAGGAUACUAAUGAUGAAGUAGGAAAUAUCACUGAAGAUAAUAAAUUAGAAUUAUUAGAAUAUUCUUCAUUAUUGGAAGGAUUGAAUUUGAUUGAUGAUUGGAAAAAAUUCGUUAAUAUUACGAAUGGAACUGGGAAAUGGGCAUCAUCCGCCGUUUCAAAUUCAAUUGAAAAGACAAGCAAGACUUUAAAUAAAUUGAUUUUUAAUUGGUUUAAGGAUUUAAGUCAAUCCACCGUAAAUGUCCAAGAUAAAGCUAUUUUCGAAGAAUAUAGAAACAUUUAUGUCCCUUAUCUUAUCAUUGAAUUAUUGGAGAUUUGUCAAAAUGGUAGAUUGAAUGAUUGGCAAUAUAUGAGACUUGUAUUUAAAUUAAUUAAUGAAGUUGCUAAUGAAAAUGAAAAUGAUUUCUUAAUCUGCUUUCAAAACAGUGGUAGAUUGGAUGAAUUUUUAGUUAAAGCAGGUGAAUUAUCAGUUAUUGCAUCAGAAAAAGGUAUAAAAGGGGUAUUCUACUAG